AUGGGACCUGUCUCCCUUCUUCCAAAAUAUCAGCAAUUAAGCACUUGGAAAGGAGAUUUGGCCAAGAUGACCCAUUUACAGGCCGGACUCAGUCCAGAGACUAUAGAGAAAGCUCGCCUGGAACUGAAUGAAAACCCAGAUGUUUUACAUCAGGAUAUCCAGCAAGUCAGGGACAUGAUCAUCACCAGGCCUGACAUUGGAUUUUUGCGUACAGAUGAUGCCUUCAUCCUGAGAUUUCUCCGAGCCAGGAAGUUUCACCAAGCAGAUGCCUUUAGACUCCUGGCCCAGUACUUUCAGUACCGCCAGCUACACCUGGACAUGUUCAAAAACUUCAAGGCUGAUGAUCCUGGCAUUAAGAGGGCUCUCAUCGAUGGGUUCCCCGGAGUGCUGGAAAGCCGAGAUCACUACGGCAGGAAGAUUCUUCUGCUGUUUGCGGCCAAUUGGGACCAGAGUAGGAACUCCUUCACAGACAUCCUCCGUGCCAUCCUGCUGUCCCUGGAAGUCCUUAUCGAAGAUCCAGAGCUGCAGAUAAAUGGCUUCAUUUUAAUCAUAGACUGGAGUAAUUUUUCCUUCAAACAAGCCUCCAAACUGACACCUUCAAUCCUCAAACUGGCUAUCGAAGGGCUGCAGGACAGCUUUCCUGCCCGCUUCGGAGGAGUCCAUUUCGUCAACCAGCCCUGGUACAUUCAUGCCCUGUACACGCUCAUCAAGCCAUUCCUUAAAGACAAGACCAGGAAGCGGAUUUUCCUGCAUGGAAAUAAUCUAAACAGCCUUCACCAGCUAAUCCACCCUGAAUUUUUGCCCUCUGAAUUUGGAGGAACCCUUCCUCCUUAUGACAUGGGAACGUGGGCCCGGACGUUACUUGGUCCAGACUACAGUGAUGAAAAUGACUAUACUCACACUUCCUACAAUGCAAUGCAUGUGAAACACACAUCCUCCAAUCUGGAGAGAGAAUGUUCGCCCAAGCCGAUGAAGAGAUCUCAGUCUGUGGUAGAAGCUGGGACCCUGAAACAUGAAGAGAAGGGAGAGAACGAGAACACUCAGCCACUCCUGGCUCUGGACUGAACCCCGGCUCACCCGACGCUCCCGCAGAUCGCCAGCCUUCAGUGGUAUCAGCCACCCGGGAAGCACGGGCACAACUGACCCACACAGACAUGUGCGUUCCGCUUGACAUGAGGCCCUCCACUCUGCCACCUAGUAAUGACUGUCACCAGCCAUCGGUCUGAGCAGCCAAAGUGAACAGACUUGAGAGAUGGGUUUUCUUUGUUGUUGUUGUUUUUCAGUGAGGGGAUUGGAGGUGAAGCAAGGCGGUAUUCCCCUUUAUUUACGGUAUUCCCCUUCCCCUUUAUUUACGGUAGUCAAUGAAUUGAAAAAGGAAAAACUAAAUUGAUGCACACACUCCAUUAGGACAAGGAUUUUUCUGAGGCACCGCAGACACCCCUUCCAGUUUUUGUGAUUUAAGAUUAAGCACACUUCCAAGUAGAUACACCAGAAUUAAGCUGUGCAGACACAAUUGUCAAGCUCAAUGUAAGUGCAAAGCCCCAAGACAGUAAUCUCGCCAGUGAUUUCCAUUCUUAUUGAAUUCUUUUCUUUGACCUCAUCACCAGCAUCGAAUUGUUCAGCCUAAGGGCAUGUUCUUGUAGGUCCGGCUAUUUGCGGAGUUUGCUUAUUUGGAUAUCCUGCAAGAAUGAUUUUGACGUCACAUCUUUUUUUCAGGCCACCAGCUGAUUACCAUGAUCUGACUUUGAAGGAAGACGCACACAACUUGAAAUAUGAUUGUUUCAUCUUAAUAAUGUGACUUGUCACAGGCAACAUGUAUCUGCGGGGGAGGGGGUGGGAGUCUCAUUGAAAACACAUGUCAGUGAUGAAUGAAUCCAUUCAAAUUGCCUCACUCGGGUCACUACAGCAAAGAAAUGUGCUACUGAAGCGUUUAGCGCCCCCCAUCCUCCUGCAACCAGUUCAAGGUGUGGAGAAGGGACCUGGCUGUUGCUGAGAGGGUACAUAUCAAUCAUGGAGGAAGACUCUUAAAGAUGGCUAAAUAUGCAAAUACUGAACAUAAGAGAUUAGGAUUGCGGGAUAAAAUGCCAAAGAUCAUUUUAUUUCUUUGUCUAUUCUCCUUAGAAAUGGAGUCCCCAACUAUCCAGUCAAAGGAAAUGAAAGUGAAUAGGAUAUGAUAUCCUUACUUGGGCCAUGUUUCCCCAGAUGAGUUGUAUGUUUUUACAUAUACUUUAUGCUCCCAGCCAUCUGCAUGACAUGGGCAUUUAUUAGUAUGACCAGUUGGUGCUCAAUGUCAAAUAAAAAAUAUUUGAGUUGAUAAUGGGCAGAAAAAUAUGAUUUUAUGUUUUAAGUGUUUGGGAGAAUUAACUAAAAAAUUCAAAGACAGGAGGUGAUUCACCUGGCCAUAAUCACCCUCCGUGGAUAUUACUAAUCGUAACCAUUUAUUACAUCUCUUUCUCAAUGAAUCUAGUAUUUUAGGUUUUUUUUUCUACUGGUAGAGGGGAAUAAGAAGUAAUUUUUGUAUUCCACCCUUGAAAUAAAAUUUAAAUAGAAUUGAAAAUAUUUCUCAACCAACUGUAUCACAGUACAAGUAAAACCAAUUCAUUUUAUGUAGACA